AUGAAAAUCUACUACGAAGUACACAGCACUAUCGGCCCGACCCUAGUGCUUGUAUCGGGAUAUAUGGGCAUCGCCAACAUCUGGCAACCACUGUUAGCCAAACUAGGACCAAAAUACCGCUGCAUCACCUAUGACAAUCACGGAUUUGACCAAUCAUUCAAGCCCAAAUCUCCCGAAGCGUACAGUGUCCCCUGCCACGCCGCAGACUUGGGCUCCGUCAUCAAAGCUCUUGGAAACCAGAUCAUCGAGUGUUUUGUGUUUAUAGCUCGCUCCAUGGGUGAUAAUAUUGCCACUGCAUAUUAUCACAGGAAUCCGCACAAUGUCGUGGGCAUUGUCUACACGGGGGCGUACUUCGACGGCAAACUCGUCGGGAACUUCCUAACAUAUGACGCGCUCACAUCCGGCAUUGAAAGUCCGAGCAAUUGUGUCGAUUUCUACUCCAACAUGGGCCUUGACAAGUCCAUCGCCCUCGAAGCAGCAAACUGGCUGGCCUAUGCACGCAGUGAUGACGCAAAGGCGCUCUUGUCUUUCGAGAUAGGGGACAUAUACUCAACUAUAGAUGUUCUCGGUCUUAUCAUCCAAGGCGCAAAGGACAUGGCUACUCCCGUGGAGGGGUGUGUGAGACCGCUCCAGUAG